AGAUAGCGCUACCAACGUUAGCACACUUGUCCAGUCAAAGCUGCGGAUAUCCACGUAUUGUCACAAUUUUACGAGUGUAUUUUAACGUUUUAACGUUUGAGGUUAUUAAUACUUUAGUAAUUCACGUGUAUUACGUGUGUUCUCUUUGCGCAGAGAAAUUACACUUCGUGAAAUAAUGACAUAUCUAAGUUCGUGGGAAGAAUUCGAGAAAGGUGCUGAGAGGUUAUAUCUACAGGAUCCGAUCAAUACCCGAUAUACAAUGAAAUAUUGUCACAAUAAAGGAGUCCUAUGUUUGAAGUUAACGGACAAUCGACGGUGUCUUCAAUAUAGAACAGAAAUAGCUCAAGAUUUAAAGAAAAUGGAAAAAUUUAUAGGCAAUCUCAUGAGACAUAUGGCAUCGAAGGAUAGUUAGAUAAGCAAAUUUUUAUAUAUAUACACACACACACACACGUACACACAAGGGAAUGUGUCUUUACCAUGAGCGUGUAAAGCAUAUUUUUAUUCAUCAAAGUUUGUUUUUCAUCUGAUAAGAUUCAACAAGUGCAUAGUGCACAGUUCGUGGAUGUUAAUUUUGUUAAAGGUAUGAAAACUUUCUUUAAAUACACAGCGUAUGAAUAUAAAACUUUAUUUCGUAUUAAAGGUGUACGAUUAUUUCGGGUGGUUCCGCUGCCUCCUUGUUAAGGUACUGAAACAAUCCCAAUUAUCAUAUAAAUUAAAUCAAGCAUUACUUUCUGAAAA